UUAAUAGAGGUCAAUAAUGAAGACGCUAGUGUACAUUUUCUUGUCAGUCUUCUGGCUGUCUUUGACCUUUGCCCAUCUAGAUUCAAACGUUGAAUUGUUCAAGAGUUAUCCUGAUUCGUGUACAUCUGCUAAGCCCAAAAAGAAUGGUAUAUACAAAAUCAAAGUAAAUGGACAAAUUAUGCCCGUAUACUGUGAUGUUGCUCUCACUGGAUCCCCCUGGUUGGUCAUUCAGCGUCGUGUGGAUGUCUCCGUUAACUUCUAUAGGAACUGGUCAUCAUAUCAGGAAGGAUUCGGUGACUUGGAAAAGAGCUUCUUUAUUGGCCUGAAUACGCUGAAUACUCUAACUGUAUCAAAAUCCCAUCAACUCUACGUUCAUCUAGAGGACUUUGAAGGUCAAAAGCGUUUUGCCCGAUACGAUCGGUUUGCCAUUGGUAACGAGGCCAAUAUGUAUGGUCUUAAUACAUUGGGAACCUAUUCAGGUACAGCUGGAGAUGGACUUAGAUUCCAUCAGAAUGCAAAAUUCUCAACCUAUGAUCGGAAUAAUGGCAAUAUUACCGUAAACCGAGCUGCCAGAUAUACUGGGGCCUGGUGGUACAAUACCACCCACAAUAGCAAUCUGAAUGGUCUUUAUUUCGGAGGUGAUUAUGGAGUGGAACAAAGCGGUCGUGGCAUAACCUGGAAUUACUGGCGUGGCAAUAACUAUAGCUAUAAAACCGUUCACAUGAUGAUACGACCAAAUUAAUGGACAUGCAAUUUAUUAUGUAAAAGCAUAAUACAACAAAUUAAAAAACAUUAUGCAGUGAAUA